AGCUGGUUUGUUAUUUUGUCUGUGACUAUCACUUAAAUGGCCCUUUCCUAGGAGAAGGAAGGCAGACUGGAAUAGUAUUGUCUCAUCUUUAUUUGAAUUUGCAUUGUGUUGCUCUCAAGACCAUCUGCAGUAUGAUCUUUUGAAACUAAUUAUUCAUUAGUCUUCAUGGUAUCAGAGCUAGGCAUUGCAAAGAUGUGUCGAGAGUGAUUUCUUCUUUCCAGAUCUCCGUUAAAAAUCUCUCUUUUGUGCUUUCCUAUCUCUCAGAUCUUCUUUCUCAUAGUUCUUAUACCCAGAUCUUCUUUAUUCAUUCUUCAUCAUCCAACCACUGUUCUGAGGAGUGAUAAUGGCAGGCACUCGUAUAACGUUGACGGAUUUAGUUAAUCCCCUGUAUCUACACCCUUCUGAUGGAGCAACAACCAUACAGGUUGAAAAGCUUCAAGGGUCAUCUGACUAUCGAGCUUGGCGUAGAGCAAUGGAGAAAAAUCUCGCCUCUAAACGUAAGCUUGGAUUUGUGACCGGAGGAGUGCCAAGACCAACAACUGAUGUUGUGCAAACUGACCAGUGGGACACAUGUAACAACAUGCUUCCAGAGCCAUACAGCUUUAUCUUCACCUGGUUUGCUGCUUUGCCUGUCAUAUUGUAUUUAUCCAAUACAUUUACAAACUUCAUUGUAAAAGACUUUUUGAUCUUAAAGGGUCCCUGCCCAAACUGUGGUUUUCUUUGGGACCAUCCUUUUGAUAUCUAAUGGUGGUUCAACCAACACCAUUAAGUGCACAAACUGUCAGACAGCCUUGGUCUAUGAUCCAGAAACACGCUUACUAACGCUGCCAGAAGGAACUUAACUUCUGUGGCGCUCUAUGAGAAGGGAUCAGCUAUGCAAGUGGCAUCAAAAUUUACAAAACAUGAAUACAAAUCAGAAAGUGGAAAUCUCGGUCCUUAACAAAAGAGGUUUCUAUGUGGAAGUGACAGUUGUGUUGUCCGGUAGAGCACUGUAUAUCUUAAUGUGUUGUGCCUCAGAUAGGCUUUGUCCUCUACCAGAGGGAUGUGCUGCAGUCAAUUGUAAUUAUAUAUCCUGUAACAGAUUAUGGUAGCAUAAAUAUAUAGGUAUCAAGCUGCUAUGAAAU